UCGUGACCUUUUAAUUGUGGUUUAGAUUUAGCUCUGUCUUCUCGCGGCCCGUGUGACCAGUAAAAAGCAGAAACACUUCCACAUGAAUGCGUAUCAGUUUAUCCGACGAAUCUCAUCCAGAAGAUGACUAAUAUGAAGACGAAGAAAUGGACAAUUGUUUUGAGCGUUUUUGGCGCGUUUUUCAGAUUUUGUAACGCUGGAGCUAAAGGAACAGUGUCCUAUGCCGACGACUGCCCCCAAGGUUGGGCUCCUGCCCCUAUUUCUGUACAGAACGAGAUUUGCUACAAAAAACUCAACGACACCUCUAAAUACAAUAAUGGCGCAAAAUUGUGUUUGGAAGAAGACCCCAGAGCAACCAUGGCGAUGCCCAAAACAGACCAAGAAAUUAAAGCAGUGGCAACAAAAGUUUUAGAAGGAGAGUACGCGUGGAUAGGACUGAACGAUCGUGAUGAUGAAGGGAUCUUUCUAUUUAAUGACGGCGACCCCUUAGUCCUCAGUGACUACAGAAACAACCCAUGGAACUCAGGAAGUCCGGUUUCCGACACCAAUGUAAACUGUGUGAAGGUAUGGUACCAAAAGGAGAGGUCCUAUAAAUUCAUUGACGAGGACUGCAGUGUCAAGCUGAAUAUCGUAUGCCAGAUUGAUCUGUUUGAUGCUUCUUCUUUCUCGUCCAACGCUGAGACGACUCCUAGCGAGUAUUUCUCUAGUGCGUCUACACCUGUAGCAAGCUGUUGUAUUUGUCAUGACAACGAGACGCCCGUCGUAACCAGCAUCGAUGACAUCAAAGAACAACUGCUGAUCGACAAAACGACGUUGUCGUCAUUCAAGCGGAGCAAAACGUCAGCCGAGGAUAUCCGGAUAUCGUCACGGUAUAUUGGACUUGCCGGUUCAGUGGUCAUCGCGUCGGUCCUUGGGCUUAUCGUUUCAUUGGAUGCGUUCAAAUUCCUAAAAAUGUGUAGAUGACUA